CUUAUCGCUAACACUAAAAACAUACUCCACAACAACAUUAACACAUUAACAUGGAUACAGAAGCCGACCCCACUGCAGACAACACUGAGCCCAUCGAUAUCACAGAGAUCGCAGACGACCAGUCCCAAAAUGUCCCAGAUGUUCAAAAUGGCUCUGAGGAUCCAAAUCAGGCGCCAGAGUCGGAAGCACUGGGCCAAGAAGAGCCCGAGAAAACAGAGAAGGUGAAAUCCAUUCUCCCUCCGGAAAUACCAGAAAAUAAAGAUGCUGUCGAUGGGUUACAGGAGCAGGGCAAUUCGGCAGAACUAGCCACAUUAAAGGACGAUGAAAGUGUUAAGGAACCGGAAGAUGUGAAGGAGCCAAUGUAUGUUUCGGGCGAGGAUUUAAAAAAGAAAAAAAAAGCAGACCGAAAACUUCGGAUAAAAGAAAUGGAAGAAAAGCGUUUCAUAAUUAGUGACGACACCUCAAGGCGAUCGUUUGAUGCAGGGGACCUAGAAGAGGAACGAAUCGCCGAUGAAGAAGAUGAUCACGCGGAGUUCCGCGAGAUGCGGAAACGAGAGGAGAAAUUGCAGGCUCGUCACACACAUCUGCUGGAGGAGGAUUACGAGGAUGCGGUGCUCAGAGAUAUGGAGGACGAUGAUUACUCCGACAUUGACGUGGAAAUGUCGUCCAUAAGCAUUCAGAGGAGAAUUGAUAAGGGCACAGAUACCGUUCGACUGAAGGAGGACUUUCUCAACGACUUUGAUUUGCCCAGUUUGUCGGACUACUCCGAGGAAUCCUUGGUGCAUGUUAAAUCUCUCAUCAAACAGGAGUCCAUCAUCCAGGCGGCAGUAUCCGAUGUUGGCAUUUUUGUUGAUCCACUAACCGGCGAGGUUCUGAGCAGCACAACCUCCACCUCGUCGGAAGGGACCCAAAGGGUAGAAGAAGAGGAGGCUAUAGAAGCGGAAGAAGAACCAGUGGAAUGCCCCGAGAUGUCGGACGAUGACCUGCCAGUCCCAAAACUUCAGGGUGACCAGUCUCUACACGAUUUCGACCAGUUCCGGCAAUCCUAUCUUACCCAGAGUCUGGGAGAGAAAGAACGAGAUAGCGAUGCCGAGGCACGUACGCACCGAACCGAGCUAAUGAUUAUUACCCAAGACUUUCUUAAAGAUCUCAUCAACGCGCUGGUCAACAAAUCGGAGACCAUUAAUCUGGACAAUCUACUCAGAACCCGAUGCGACAAGAGCAAGCUAAUGGAAGAGCUCAUUACCGUCACGAAAAACUUCUACUUUGAGAAACUAGACAACAUCUUCCUGCAGGGUCGCCUCGUCGAGUACUACAAGCGAAGCAAGAACAUGCGAGUAUUCUCCCAGCUAGACCCGGAAGACGCAAGAUCCUACGGGACGCGGUACACUGCGUCCCUGGACCAGGUCGAUUUUAUGAGGAAUCGAUUCAUUACGGCCAAGCGCAAGAACAGCAGUCUUAUGAACAAAGUGCUCCUGGAACUGCACUACACUCAAACCAACGCAUCGCGCUCUGAAGCGCAUUUGAAUCAGACGGUACGACAUUAUCUCUCCCUCCAGGAUAUGGAGUAUCUCAAGCGGCUGACGGAUCGUGAGCUGAGGCUAAUGAAUGUCAAGCGAAACGAGAUUAGCGACACUCGUCUCGUCCUCAUUACCAUGAAGCACACUUUGGGUCGUUUAACCGAAAAAAUCAAUCAGUUGGAACGUGUGGGCGAUGAUCUGUACAUAAACGACUUCAUAUCCAUUCAGAAUCAGGUUGUUACUUUGGAUAAGAAGAUCGAGGAACGAAAUAUUGAACUGAAGAAGCUCCGUUGCAAGUACCAUGUGGACCUGCAUGUGAUUCAGCACAACCGAGAGAAGGCGCUAGCUCUUGCCCAUAAGCUUCAGCUCUGUAAGGCCUCCCUUGAAAAGCUUUUGGACACGCAGCACGCGAAGAGAGAGGAUCUUUACCGUGCGAAGAUGGACCGCACAAGGCUCCGCAAACAGCAGAAGGAAAUGUCGUACCAGGGCGGCAUCCUGUCGAUGCCCUCCCUGAUGUACGAAUACGAUAACACAGUGAAGGGACUGCUGGUGAAGCGAACCAGCGUCUUCAAGCUAAGGGAGACCCUGAAGAACCUCAAUCGUCGCAUACAAGAGUAUGAAUCGAUCUCCAUCUAGGAAUAUUCGACUAAAUUGUGCUGCACAAUAAAGAUAGAAACUCCUUGAUACUGA